AUGGACAAGCCCAGAUGGGAUGCGUUGGAUGCAAGUGCGGCGGAUGCUGGUGCGGGAUCCCUUAGUACCUAUACCUCAAUCCUUCCUACUGAACCAGGAAUGACAAUGUCUCCGUCGCAUAUGCGCAGAAUCCUCUCUUAUCGAGCCAUUCUUUAUGCUUCCAGGACGCCCGGUACUCAGCAAUGUGUGUAUGAAUUCCAAAAACAGAGCAGAGGAACGCCAUCCCAACAGACAGGGGACCAGAAUGGAGCAGAAAUGAAGGACGGAAGGGGAUGA